GCCUCCGCCGCGCACGCUGGCACCCGGUGGGUGAGGGGACAGAGCUGCCAGGGGUCCCUAGCUGUCACGGCCAGCUCAGCGUCCCUGCUUGGGGUGACAUAGCAAAACAGAGGCGCAGAUCCACCUGGCCAAGGUGCUGUAUCAUGUCCAGAUAGGACACUGCCAGUGUGACAAUCAUCCCAGGACAUCUGUUCUGAGGGGUUGAGCUCAGGUGGCUCCUCUGCUUUCUCCAGCAGCCAGGCACCAGAGAAGAGCUGGGAUAGCCCCGUGCACGUGGCAUCCGGUCACUACCCACAGCACUCAGAGGGAUGGAUUCCAAAGGCAAUGUCCGAAGUGGAAACAAACCCGACGCCAAGGCCCCCAGCUCUGGAAAGCCAGAAAAGCCCAACCCUGGGCCUGCCACGAAUGCAGACAAGAAGGAGAUCCCCAAAGAGCAGCCUGCUCCUGCCACUGCCACCUCUGCCACCAAGAAAGCGGGUGGUGAUGCCGCCGUUGUGAACAACCACAGCAGCCUGAAACCCAGCCCUGCCACCACGGAGACACAAGAGGCUACCAGCCAGUCCCCUGACUCUGACCACAAGGGAAGCAGCUCUGAGGAGUCACCAGGCAGCAUCUUCGACAACAUGAAGCCCUUGAUCAUCAUCGGAGGAGUGGCGGUGGCUGCACUCGCUGUGAUUGUGGGAGUGGCGUUCCUAGCCCGGAAAAAAUGAAGACCGAGACGGGGUGGGGAUGAGAAACCCAACCCAGCUGUACAGCUCCUUUUGAGACAAAUGCAUGCAGAAAAAUUCUAUACAUAUCUCUCUAUAUAUAUAUCUAGAGUGAGCUAGAUAGGUCAACAAACACCAACUGCAACUCCAAGAGUCUUGUUCAAGACAACUGUGCCAGUUUGACCCGGUGUGGGUAACUCCAUGCACUCAGUGUGUUCUUUCAUGUAAUAUAUCUUGGCUUAUACCACUGUGUAUAGAUUACAGCUUCUCCUGAUCAGUGUAAAUGACGGUGUCCCCUCCCCUCCCCUGCUGUCCUCCCUGGGAGACACCCCCACCUCUCUUGCAGUCCCCUGUUUUCAAGUCUGAAGUGUUUUACGUCCCAUCCAGAGUCCCUGCUUUGUGUUUUGGUUCGUUUGGUUUGUUUUUAAGUUGGGUUGUGGUAAAGAAGGGGAGGCAGAGCCUAGUGCUAAGGCCCAGUUUGCCUGUCACUGUGUUGGGCUGGUGUUCCAUGCCGGGGAAGCAAUGGGCAAUUGCAGGCAGAAGGCAGCUGCCUGAUCAAACAGCAAAGCGUGAUCCCUAAUAGGUGUCUUGUGUACCUGCUGCUCAUCAACCCACCUUUUAAAAACCCAACUCGAAAGUGCCCCAGAGAAAACAGGCUGGCUGCAGCUGGAGGCGGAGGCUGCAGCAUGGUGGAGCUGAGCAGCAACUUGGGACAUGGCAUCAAGUCAUUUCUUGGGCUGAGCUGCCAGGGGAGCGAGCAGCAGGGCUGUGCUCUGACCGACAGCACAGGCAGCAGUGCACGGAGAUACCUCGCGAAGUCCUGUGCUGACCUUGGGCAGGCAGCAGCUGCCACCUGCUUGGUUUCUUGCACGUUGGCAGGCAACCUGCGGGCUCUCGUGGCUUGCCGAGGUCAUAUGGGCAGCGUGUGGGGAUAGAGAGACUUUGUUUUGGAUCUAGUAUUUCCUAAAGUUAGGCUGGGCUUUGCAGGAUGCUAUGGCCUCAGCCCAAACUCCCUUGAGGUCAGCUGGACUCUCACUGUUCAUUUCUCUGGGCUUUGGAUCAGGCCUUUCACGUGAUUAUUUUUUUUUUCCCCACUGAAGACUAUGCUCUCUUGGUACAUGAGAAGGUAGAAAAAUGGGAGACAUGAGCUGGUUUUAGGGACAGAGAGCACAUGGACCCCAUGAGAAUAACACUGACCUGCUUUAUACCAGGGAAACCCUGUUCAAGGGCACUGGAAGCCCACCUGUCGUGGGGGAACUGCUUACCUCCUUCCUGUGGCAGUAGCAGGGAUUUGUGAUUCCUCCACGAUUGGGAAAUGGAAACAAAUUCCCAGCCCUCUGGAGCAGCCUGGUUUCAUGGGUGAGUACCUUGGCUCUAAAGCCAGACCUUGCAAGGGGGAGAAGGAAGGCAGGUGAUGAGAGAGGCUGUUUAGUGCAUCAGCUGAUGCCCUUCUGGUGGGCAGAACUUAUUCUGAAAGCUUCCAUUAGAUGACUCUUGACUGCUGUGCUACUGCAAAAAAAAGUCUUACAAGAAACACCUUACAUCUCAUUUUUAAAUUAGGUCAGAGAUUAGAUGAGGUCAGAACCACAGAGCCUUGAGCUCGGUGGCAGUUGCAGCCUGUGGGCAGGGUUUUAUAGUGAUAAGCAAGAGGUGGUGACAGUUCAGUUAGAGAGCCUAAGCCAUACACCUUUAAGUGAGCCUGGAUGUAUACAUUCAGUGGGUACAGGGCUAGAGAAAGGUGUAAGUUCCUCAGGGUCUGCCUCUGCAGUGUCUGCUUCUGGCAGGAUUACUGGAUAAGAUGGUAGAUGUGUACAACCCUAUCUGGCAAUUCUCUUGGCUCAUGUCUGUCUGUCUUACCUCAGAAUUUGGCCUGCUGAAUGCACAUGGCUUCCCCAAACAACAGUUUUUUUUGAUGCGGCCUGGCCAUGCCUAUGGUGGACUUUGUCAUCCUCUUUUCCCCUUUUUGUCAUUUGCUCAUGGAGUAUUCCCAAAGGUGCCCAGCCUCUGGGAGUGUCAGAUGCUGUCUUCUGAACAACAGCAUGCUGCAAAAAGCUGGAGUCUAAUGCCUACCUCUACCAGUAAAGAGCCAGGGCUGGGCAUGUUGGUUUUUUUGGAAUGAGUGCUACAGCCCCAGGUGAAAUCCUGCAGCUUAAAGCACUCUGCAUGUAUUGUGGAUGUGACUCCUUGCAGCAGUGUGUCACAGCCUGGAGAAUUUACCCGAUUUGAAGCAGAAGGGUCUGUGGCGGGGUAUUGCUAUAAUGCCACUUUCUCUAGAGAACUGAUUUCCCCUCACCCAGUUUUGCAGAUGGUCAAAGGUUAUUUUUAGGGGCGAGAGUGGAGGGCAAACAAUAGUGAAGGAAUAGGAAAGGUAUUUGGAAAGCAGAGAUGUGAGAGAACGUAGCUCAGCAGCAGUGCUAGCACAGCUCCCUGGCAGUGACUGUGGCAGGGCUUUGCAAGAGGACACAGUGAGGCUGCUGCAUCCACACGUGGGGUCUGGGAGUGCUGCAGAGCCCCUGGACCCUGGCAGUGCCCGAGGCAUGUCCUUUUGCCAGACUGGGGAGGGACCCCAUUGCAUACCAGCUCCCCCUGCUCCUGCUUGCACCCUGAACUGUGCAUUCUGGUUCCCCACAAGAGAAAUGUGAGUGCACAAGUCAGAAGCAAACCGCAGUAUGGUCCUGCCAGGAACCUGAUCUCCGUGACUGAGGGGCCUGUGCCUACUGGGUACCGAGUAAUGCAUCCAAAUUACAGGGCAUGGAUGUGGGGAUGGCUAUUCCUGGGCUCCUCUUCCCUCAGAUCUCUGAAGCACAAAGCUCUUGGCUGUAGGGAAAUUUUGCUUAGGUCACUCAUGAGGAAGGGAAACCAGUCGCUCCUGCUCUGAUUCAUGUUUUGCCAAAGCAAGUUGGUGACUUUCAGACAGUAACUUCCAUUUUCAAGUGGGAGCUCUGUCAACAAGAGACACCUCUACCUGUCCUGUCUGCUCUCUCCCUCUCCGACCUGGGCACAGAUUAUUUGUUUUAGCAGUGGGUGACGACAUUGCAGAGAGGGCAUCUAUCUAUUCUGUCCUGGCCAGCAUAUAGAUACAAGGGGAGGAAAGAGGAACACUUGCUUCAUUUGAGUCUCCUAUUUUGCAUUCUAAAGUGUUUUUAUUUCCCUGACUUAACCUUUGACAACUUCUAGAAGCGGGAAAAACCAGUUCUCAGCCAACAUGAGCCUUAACUAUUUCUGUCCACCUCCAACCCCCCUGCCCUUAGAGCACUCAGAUGCAAGGCCAAUUUCAUCCAGAAAUACACCACAGAGCUGGUGAUGGGACCGCAGCUCACCAGCUGGGUAUGUAACCCCACGUGAACCCUCCCCAGGCAGUGAACAUCGUGUGUCCCAUUCCUAAAGGGUUUUCCACUUACUGUCAUCACCUAGCGUUGCUGUCUGCUGUCCAGAUUCACUACCUGGAACCCACCUCUUUGGCAGUUCGGUUUGGAAAACACCUGUGUUUGUGUGUAUGUGUAUAUACACCGCCCUGCCUUGAAGAAUAUUCUGCAUAUGUAUGUAUACAUACAUGUAUGUUUAUAUGACUGCAGCUGGGGGUGGGGAGAACCAACCCAACCUGGGGAUGACCCUUCAUUUGUUCCCCUGCAUUCACACAAAGUGUCCGUGAUGUCUUUUUUGUGCCAUUUGCAUCAUGCCAUGCAGCACCUGAACUCCUUUUUUUGUCCUGGUUUCUUCUUAGUGCAAAGAAUGUAUGGCUAGUGAACUGCUGAAUGUACGAUGUGCCCAUUUGUGCUAGAAGCUCAAAAUUACUGUUUCCUUCCCUGGAUAGUAGUGUGGGCUACUCGCUUUAAAAUAAGGCACUUCUAGACUAUACUGAACUAACUAUACUGGACUGUGUUGUAGUGCUUUUCGAAGUGUGGGUCUAGUGUUGAUUUGAGUCGGGUAGAUCAAGCAUAGAUGUCAUACAAGCUCCUAAGCCGGGGCAACGCACUCCAGUCCUGACUUGCAAAUGACAUCCUCUUAGCAAACACUUCCUGUUCUGCCUUAAUGUGCCAGGCUGUGCAGUGGUUUCAUUUUGAGGAAGAAAAAAAAAAAAAUAAUCCAGCGAGAACUAGGCUGAGAAGAGCAAAUUCACCUCUCAGAAUUGAAGUGAGAUUGAAACCAAAUUUGUCAAAGCAGACGGCUUAAAUGACUGAACUCGCUGUGCUAAAUAAAUAGUUGUCUUUUCUCGUACUGA